AAAAAACACAAUCACACGCCCGCGGUGCUACGCCGAUAACGGUCUAGACGAUGGGGCCCGCUUCCCUUACACCAUGGUAUGUAGGAUUUUCUUUCCGUCAGUCCCGCUCCCGUCCGUCUUUCACACCGUUGUGCCCACUUCUUGUUUCCAUUCUUUCACGUUCAUGUUCAGUAAAAUACCUGUCGUCAUCUCGUCUUGACUUUUUGCAUCUCGGACGUUCGGCUGGGACCUGCUUUCUGUGUAAAAUCAGACGAACACACCAUACAUCUGUCUACAUAUGCGAGAUUGAGUACCUCGACCCUGCGUCCAAGUCUGCAUGUUAUCUUUGUCCAUUGAUAUCAAUUGAUCUGGAAUACCUCCGUAACCAAUUGGUAUUCUCUCGUCUCUACCAAUUUUCACAUCUGUUCCAUAACAAGCCCCCUAUACGAACAACGGACCCCUGAUCGGCAAGAAUCCUCGUGGGCUCUUCGUACAUAUAAACAACCAUGCAGGCUGUCACCACUGGCCUUGAAGGGCCUUCAUCUUCGCCUUCGGACUCCAAACAGACUGCGGCAGCGUCAGUUACGAAGCCAGCGGCGCAAGCAAUCAUGGACAAACAGACGAUGACAUCAGAUAAGCCCGUAGUCGCGGCGACGACGACAAAGACCAAAAAGUCCAAGCAACAAACAAUACACUAUCCCUUCUGGUUCGGAGGAAGCGCCAGCAGCAUGGCUGCCACUGUCACACAUCCUCUCGAUCUUGUCAAAGUCCGCCUCCAGAUGCGCACCGGCGACGCCCCCAAAACCAUGUCCGGCACCGUCCUCCACAUCAUCCGCCACAACGGCAUCACCGGCCUCUACAACGGUCUCUCCGCCUCUCUCCUCCGCCAAAUCACCUACUCGACCACGCGCUUCGGCAUCUACGAAGAGCUCAAAACCCGCUUCACCACCAAAGACCACCCGGCCUCCUUCCCCGUGCUGAUCGCCAUGGCCACCGUCUCCGGCGUAGCCGGCGGUUUGGUGGGGAACGUAGCAGACGUGCUGAACGUGCGGAUGCAGCACGACGCCGCUCUGCCCCCCGCGCAACGACGCAACUACGCGCACGCCAUCGACGGCCUAGCGCGGAUGACGCGCGAGGAAGGGUUCCGGAGCUGGUUUAGGGGUGUUUGGCCCAAUAGUGCGAGGGCGGCCGCCAUGACGGCCAGCCAGCUGGCUAGUUACGAUGUGUUCAAGCGCAUCUUGAUUAGACAUACGCCCUUGGAGGAUAACCUGGCGACGCACUUUAGCGCCAGUUUCCUGGCGGGCGUGGCGGCGGCGACGGUGACGAGCCCGAUUGAUGUGGUCAAGACGCGGGUCAUGAGCGCGAGCGGGAAAAGUAGUAUCGGGCAGGUGUUGGGGAGCUUGUAUGCCCAGGAAGGGGUGAGGUGGAUGUUUAAGGGAUGGGUGCCGAGUUUUUUGAGGUUGGGGCCACAAACGAUUUGCACCUUCAUCUUCUUGGAGGGCCAUCGGAAGAUGUACAAGAAGGUCAAGGGCAUUGAGGAAUGAGUUGUCAUUUGCUCCUCUUCCUGGCUACCUACCUUUUCUAAUCUCUCUUUCUUUCUUCACCUUUCCUCCCAUGUCCAGUCUUGGGAGUCUGCUUCUUAGACGGACUAGCAGCAGCAACAGCGGGUUUUCAAAUGCAUUUCAAUCAAAAAGUUUGUGGGUGGGGACAUAAUGGCCGGAUUUGUAUAGAGGAAAUCUGCAUUUUAGAGGCCGAGUGGUGGUCUUUCUGUCAGGACCUAGAUGGCGAUACCUCAUGUUUUCUUGUUCAUAGGUUUCCUUUGUUAGAUGUUCCCUCAUCCGUCAGGCAUUGAAGCGGCGGUAGGGCUGUCAUUUCGAUGGUGUUUUGGCUUUAUGUAGUCUUACCCUGGGAGUUUGGUGUUUCCUGCAGAGUUGUGUAAAGCAAAUAGACCAGAGCAGCAAGUGCUUACUAGACUCCAGCAACCGGCGAGAAUGGCA